CAAAAUGGACGUCAAGAUGGUUGUUGCAGUGAUGUUAUUUGUGUUCUUCAUCGUGAAAUCACGGUUGAUCACUAAAUUACUGAACUUUAUACGCUCUUCCACAUAUUACAAGAUAAUGUUUGCAAGAAUGAUGAAGAAUGCUACAGAGAAAUUUAAGAACAAACCUAACUCUCCAUUAUUCCAUCUGAAGAAAGCACAGUUUGAAGAGAUUGAAAAAAAGCUAGAAGAGCUUCCAGGAGAUGUUUUAGAGAUCGGUGCUGGUUCUGGUCCAUCUCUAGACUUCUUGCGUCUUCCACAAGGUUGUUCUAUGGUUGUUGUGGAUUAUAAUCCUCAUUUUGAGCAGCAUUUUCGUGAAAAGUUGGCCAAACAUCCAGAURUCAAACUCAAAGAGUACCUCGUCCAAAGUGCUGCAGACAUGAGUAACAUCCCAGAUGAUUCCUUUAGUGCCGUGUUUGUCACAGAUGUACUGUGCUCCAUCGAUGAAAACUUGCUUAGAAAUAUGUUGAAAGAGGUCAAGAGAGUUUUGAAACCGAAUGGUUGUUUCUAUUUCUUGGAGCAUGUUUUAGAUAACCCAGGAACUUUGAGACGAAUUUUUCAAAAGCUGAUUUGUUGGUUGAGUAUUUGGCAGUGUAUGGGAGAUGGUUGUCGCUGCGAUAAAGAAACAUGGCKGUUCAUCCAAGAAACRGGAUUUAAAAGUGUGACAAUGUCAUACUCAUAUGUCCCUAUGCCAAGGAAAAAAUUUGAGUCAUUUGAUAAAAUGUUUUUUUACAUUUUAAUAUAUUUCAUAAGAUAUUUCUUACGUGGACAUGCCAGGAAAUAAAUAUGAUGCCAAUUGCAA